CACACGUCGCGUCGGCAUUAGCUACCGAACCAAUGAGUUUUGCCGGGCUAUCAUAGAAUUGAAAAAAAAAUCGAAAAACAUGUUUAAAUCAGUGUUGUUAUUUAUCGUGGUCGUGUGCCUGUCGGGUUACCUUUUUUUUCGGAAAUCACGCAAACGCUUAUACGAAUUGGCCGCCACAUUUCCGGGUCCUUUCGAUUUGCCUCUGAUCGGCAGUGCAUACGUUGCAUUCGGUCGGGGUCCUGACGAAAUCUACAACUAUUUGUUCGAGCUCGUACCCAAAUACACCACGCCAUUGCGCGCCUGGGCCGGUCCGUUACUUUUCUUGGUUUUCACCCAACCGGAGCACCUAUCCGUAAUACUGAACUCGCAGGACUGUGUCAGGAGAACGUAUUUAUACGAGUUCUUCAAUCUGGGCCAAGGAAUAUUCAUUGCCAAGCCGGACGUGUGGAGGAAGCUGCGUAAGCAACUGAAUCCUUCGUUUACAAUUGGGGCUGUGAAAAAGUUUGUGCCGUUGCUGAACAGAAAAUCCGAUGAUUUCGUGAAGCGCUUGGAUGUUUUUGAUGGGCAGAAAGCAUUCGAUGUGCUACACGUAGCAGCUGAAUUUACACUAACCUCGACAGUGGCCACCACGCUGGAUUACGAUCUCGAUAAGGCGGGAAGCAUCGAUAUAAAGCGUUUUUUGGAGAAUGCCGAAAGGAUGUUCUCGUUGAUGUUCACUCGCGUAUACAAAGCUUGGUUGCAUCCUCAGAUCAUUUUCAAAUUUACCUCCAACUACCGUGAACAGGUUCACAGAUCUGAAAAAUUUAUAACCGUUGCACGCAAGAUUAUCGAAUCUCGCCAGGAACGGAAGCGAAACAAUCCAACAUUUGCGCUAUCCGCUGAGCGCGACGACGACAAUAUUCGUAACAGUGAGAUAUUAAUCGAGAAGCUAGAGCGGAUAGCUAGUGAGUCAAAUUUGCUGAACGACGAAACUAUGCUGGAUAACAUAAACACCUUCAUACUCGCAAGCUACGACACAACCGCAUCCACAAUCGCAGCCACGCUGCUAAUGCUGGCGAUGCAUCCGGAUGUGCAGGAGCGUGCCUUCCAGGAGAUUAACGAUACAAUCCUCAGCGACGAUAUCGACUAUGAGCAUUUAUCCAAAUUGGUCUACCUGGAGAUGGUGCUGAAAGAAACGAUGCGCCUCGUUCCCGUUACACCAGCCAUAGGAAGGGUGUGCGAAAAAGAAACCAAAGUUGGUGAACACAUGGUUCCGAAAGGAGCUCAAAUAAUCAUACCGAUACACAUCCUACAUCGAGACAAGAAUGUAUGGGGAGAACGAGCGGAUUAUUUCGAUCCGGAGAACUUCUCACCGGAAAAGUCUGACAAACGACACCCGUACGCGUUCCUUGGUUUUAGUGGUGGCAUCCGAAAUUGCAUCGGGAUGCGUUACGCCUAUAUGGUGUUGAAGAUAGCGGUUGCGAAGAUGAUCAUGAACUACAAGUUCUCCACCGACAUCAAGUAUGCAGAUAUCAAAUUCAACGCUUCGGUUGUCAUGCGGAUAGCCAACGGCUACAUGAUAAGCCUAGAGCGACGGAAAAAGGAGACUGAUAAUUGAAAUAGUAACCUGGUGUGUAAAUGGAGCAAAAAGUGCACUAGGUAUUGUUGCUAAUCAUAAUGUGGGCCUCUGGGAACAUGCAAUUAGAAAUGCGGUUAUUAAGGGUCUUUAGUGUAAUGAAUGCAAUCUCAUAAUUGUUAUAAUCAUCGAAUGGUGUUAAUGGAUAAUCUGUAAAUGAUUACAGAUAAUCUUAGAGUGUGUUCACACGUCUAAUUCAAUAAACUUCAGCAUGAAUAAACCGAUUCGAAUCUAGAACAUAGCGAUAGUAACUGUGCCAUGUAACGAUGUGGUAAUAUCAACGAUUGAUAGUGAUUUUUUGAACAUGAUCAAUAGUUCAUGCGAAUUUGAAUAUUAUUCAUUCGGUGCGUUUGACUGUAAGACAUAAUUCUACCCGCAAUGUAAGACAAUGAACUAAAAACAAUCACAAAGAUAAAAUAAAGAUAAGUAUGUAGUUGGAAAAACAAGUCAUUUCAGAUUGAUAUUUUUUGUUUGUUUCAUAAGGAAUGAUACUAGUUUAUUGAAAAAUCAUGAAACUUUUGAGAUCUAAACUUAGUGUCCGCCCAAAAAAGGAUUCGCACAAUAACUAGGAAAAUGAAACUAGCGCACUAUGAUGGAAAAUGCUUGUAUUCAAGUAGCUUCAUUUUUUUCUUCUAACAAAUACUUUUUUUCGAUCUUUUUCGGGCGGCAUUUACUUCCAUUUACUGCUCACUUUUCAACUCCUCUUCUUCUUCGGCAUCCAAACCGAUUUCGUCAAGGUCGGCGACGGAAACAAGCGUUUAAUUCGAUCGGCUAAAUAUACUGUACAGAAUUUCCGUCCAUUUGAUUCAUCCUCCAAUACCUACGUUACAAUGAAUGGACCCUUAUAAUGAAGCACCAGUUUCCUACUUCCACCGACUUUAAAUUGAUCCUACUUUACUAAAAUCAGAUCAUCAACAUCAUACCGCUCUGCGGCCUUCCUUCUCUUGUAGGUAUUGUAGGCAUAGGUAUUGGGUUCAAUUCCUGAUCGGUCAAGGAUUUAUUCGGGUUGGAAAUUUUCUUGACACGCCUUGGGAUAUGUAAAGUAAUGGGCCUGAAGUAUUGGCUAGAAUUAGGCUUGGGUUUGCUCAGCUACUAGAACUCGGAAACGAUCUCAAUUGCAGGCCGUGACCGGGGAUCUGAUAAAGUGGGAUUUCCCUUGUAAGUUCAUGGCUAAUAUUGACAUAGGCAUGGGGUUCAAUUCCCGAUCGGUCCAGGGUCUUCCCGGGUUGGAAAUUCUCUUGACAUGCCAUAGGUUAAAUACGUUAAGUUGAUAACAUAAAUUGUUCUUCAAUUAGGAAUCUAUGUUUGUAAUAUAACCAGUCCGUUUGUUUUGUUUUUUACUUCAAUGUGCUUACUGGUUAUUUUAAUAAUUGUUACAUAAAGAUCAACAAGAGAACUCGUACAGCUCAAACUUUUUGAGGUGAUCAUCAUCAUUAUUUCAUUAUUUCAUAAAACGAGGAAAUUAUUGUCUUUUGAGUGUAUGUGUGUCCGUGUAUUUUUCUUGUCAAGACUAUGGUGAUGAUGGUAUUUUUUUGCUUUUAUAUAUAUCUUAGUUAUUCAAUUAAAUUUAAAAAAAUAAUUGUGAAGUCUGCAAUAGUUUGAGCCCGCGCGCGUUGUCAAACAUAGAGAAACGUGAGAUUGAACAAAAGCAAAAGAAUUUUUGAUCGAAUAAAACAAAGUCAUUCCAAGGGGUUUAAUGUGGAAACCUAAGGUAAGCUAGGGAUAGCUCAAUCGGAAUACUUGUAAAUUCAUCUUCUCAACAGAUAAUUAUAUCAAGAUUUUUCUGUGUUGUGGCGGAUCUCAUUGCAGAUUCAGGUUGACACGUUUAUACCCCAGGUUGAAUGUAGGGCCUGAAGUAUCGGCUGGAAUUAGGCUUAGGUUUGAUCAGCUGUCUGGUCUCGAAAACGAUUAAGAGACCGUUGUCGGGUAUCCAGUGAAGCGGGAAUUCCUUUGUAAAUUCUAGGCUAAUGCUGACAUAGGUAUUGGGUUCAAUUCCUGAUCGGUCAAGAAUUUUUUCGGGUUGGAAAUUUUCUUGACAUGCCUUGGGAUAUGUAAAGUGAUGGGCCUGAAGUGUCGGCUAGAAUAAGGCUUGGGUUUGCUCAGCUACUAGAACUCGGAAACGAUCGCAAUUGCAGGCCGUGGCCGGGGAUCUGAUAAAGCGGGAUUUCCCUUGAAAAUUCAUGGCUAAUACUGACAUAGGCAUUGGGUUCAAUUCCCGAUCGGUCUAGGGUCUUCCCGGGUUGGAAAUUCUCUCGACAUGCCAUGGAAUUAAUACUUUAGACAAAGGCUUAAAUUGUUCUAUCGACUAGUAAUCUAUGUCUGCGGGAUAACCAGUCCGUUUUCUUUUCAAUUUAAUGUGCUCACUGGUUAGUAUGAUGUAACUCAAUUAUUAUCAAUAAGAUAACUCGUCCCGCUCAAGCCUUUGUAGGGGAAAGAGGUGGGACCAUCAUCAUCAUCUUGUAAAAAAAGCGCAGGAUAGCGGCUUCUGUCAUGUUCCUGAACAUCGCUGGAUCGUUCCCGACAUUUUCUUCUACACCGUGCAAGUGCAUCUACAUUGGCACGGUCAUUAAACGCAUCAUCCUUAGGAUUGAACGCCAACACUAGCGAUGUUAGCGUCCUCGUCGAAUUCGGUGAAUUCUUGAUCGCUCAUUGUACCUGCUUGACACUAUCAACCCAUUUUAUAUUAUCUCCGUCAAUCAUACUGCGCAGCGCAGUGCGAAUCGUAUUGUUACUGCAUUCCACCUAGCCCUUGACACGGGGUUUUCAAACAGCGACCUUUGCUUCAACCCGUUAUCGAAACGAGAUUUCUGAACUACCUUAGCCGUGAACGAUGUUCCGUGUUCACACGAGUAGACAACCCAGAUCCCGUUUGCGUCGAGUCAACUGCCUUUAUCAACACAAACUUCGUGAAUCCACAAACACAGACCAACAGAUGUUCGUUUCAUUUCGAUGAACGAAGAAAUGUACCAAAAUGGUUCAGAUGCACUAUAUAGAACAGUAUUGGCAUCUUGGAAAUGGAACAUGGGAAUCCUUCUUCGCGUCCAACCUUCCCUCUAUGCAAUGCGCAAGCCACAAUGUAUGCCCUUAUCCUGUGAACCCAGAAUCGCUUCAUCAGCAUUUUUAGCACAUUUUUUCGCCAAAGUGUCCUCGAUGGCCGUUAAAGCUUUCCUCCACCCUCCAACGGAUCGUAGUCGGAACCACCCAACACUUUACUCCAUCCACUAGUCGGUAGAGGCGCCGUUUGGCGGUCUUCGUCCGUCAUUGAAUCUCUGCACAGUUUGUCAUUGGCCUCGGUAAACUUUGGGUCUUGUCAUUGCAAUGAAACAAGAAAGUCAGAGUUGCUAAACUCAAUCGCCAGCAUAUUCUCCACAGAAAUCGAAACAGUCCUGGGUGUCAUCAAUUGUGUUUCUUCACAGAGCAUCAUCAUAUUUCAAGCAACUACCACUUCGAUGUUCCAGUCGGAAGUUAUAUUACUAUAGCUUCAGGAAAUAGCCCGCCACUCGGUAAUCCAUCUCUUGUUUUAAAUCCUACCAAACCCGAGAAUUCACCGUACUUCAUGAACCUGGAACUCUACCUUCCGCACAAGAAAGAAACUUUUCCUCAAGUUGAUUGUGUAUCCCUCUCCUCCCCCGACUCACAUCCAGCAGAAUUACGAAUUUAUCAAGCAUCUCCAAGUCUUCAGGCCCAGCCACAACGAAAUCAUCGACGACAAGCACGACACGACAAAGUCGCACUUCCGAACUUGUUCCAUAAACUUAUUUACUGCUCGCUGAAAAACAGCACAUUCGUUGGCUAAUCCGGAAGGUAUACUUAGGAUCCGGUAGUGACCAUCUGUUGUCGAAAAUGCAGUGUAAUUCUGGCUCUCUUCAUCAAGAUGAAUUUUAUAGUAUCCACUGUAUGAAUCUAAGGAAACAAACGCCUGCGCUCUGCCAGCCCAUUUACGAAUGUUUCAAUAUCUGACAUUGGAAAACGAUCUUCAACCUGAAUGAUGCCCGCCUAUAGUAGCUCAUUCGUAAUUACUGCAAGCGCCGAUUCCUUGGCGUAUUCCAUUCUUCUGGGCUUUACGAAUACUAACUCAUAUUCCUCCAACUGAAUCUUCAUUCCAAUGGAUUUCACUCUCUCCAAUUCAUUCAAGUUGGUUGGCAAAUGACUGGAUGAAGCGGACCCUAUCGGUGGGGUCUAUGUGGCUCCCGGAGCGUUACUAUAACCGACUUACCUUCAACGAAGAUUACUAUACAAUGGCCGAAUGACGAAAGGCGAGCACUCAUACCAGUGCAAGCAUUAAUCGGCGGCCGAGCACCAGGGGAUAUUAUAUUGCUGUGCGUUGCAUAAUCCUUCAAGAGACUGGCGCAUACCACACAGAGUCUUUAUCUUCUUGUCCAGUAACUUUGUAAGGGGGGUCCUGUGCGAGCCUUUUAAAAUCGCCGACUUUUGCGCCAGAGGACCAAUGUCCUCUGUUGGGAUUCGGAUUGAUUAUUGCCCGGACCAGCGCGUACCGUAGGCCUCGCUACAGUAUCCUCCUUCAAAUUGCGGUUUGCCACACUUCCCAAUUUGCUGACGAGAAUUUCGAAAAGUUUCUCUGACGUUUUGAGGAACCCAAUUUUUCUUUGUAACCGAAACUAAAUAAGAAAAUGUUACUAAUUUUAAAAUAAACCGCUAAUAUUUUAAUAAAAAAUUAACCAAAUCUUUUUCCAGAAAUUUUCCGAAUAUUUGUUUCUUAUUUUCGUCAAAACACCUAACUCCUUUUCCCAACAAUUCCAAAUUGCUUGUGACGUCACUUUUUACUUUACGUGUUUUCCUAACUCUAUGAUUCUCCUACUAACACAAUAUUUUGUUCCUACUAAUUGGUGUCGUUUUACGUGUAACUGUGGUGGUGGUCCGUUAUAUAGCGUUCUUUUUCAGGGUACUCACUCUAAUACCGGGAUGACAACGGUGGGAUUUUCAAAUGGUGAAGCAGCGUGAUGAUUUAUUCCGCUCCGACACCAAAACUCUCACCGACGUGAGUUCCGGUAAAUCUCGCUGGCGUUGGUGGACUUUCCCGUCCUGAGCUUACCGUGUUGGAGUAGGGUCGCGUGUAGCGUGCGACUCACACGGGGCCGAGCUUCCCUUUCGUUGACCAACGCGCUCCAGAAUGGUCUAUAGUGGUACGCAACCACGAGGCGAUAGACCACUCCGGGGGAUUUACCGUAGCACCAAGAUCUCACAGCGAUGGCUGAUCGCCGGAACGCAAGCGCAGUCCAGACUAGGACUCGGGCACGUAAAUGUAACCUGUACACGGAGCCACCAAGGCUGUAUAAAUUGCCUUUCAUUAUUAUAAAAUCAUCAAACCAAUGUUGCUUUAAUAAAAAUUUACCUCCGUUUUACAGGAUGCAAAGCACACUGCUGCACUAACUUUUAAUUAUACUAAUUGAUUGUACUCAAUUG